AUGCCUUUGGUCAAUGGCACCUCCUUCGCCGCCGUCAUUCUCCUGGUGUACCUGUCCACGUUUGUCUUACUCGCCGUUUUCCGGAUUGUGACCGGCGUUUCGAUCCAAAGGAUUGGUUACUUCAGCUUCAGACAUAUCUCCUACACUCCAAGAGAAGGUUUAAGGAUAGACUUGCGCGGAAUUGGCCUCAGUCUUCACCGGCCGACGUUUGCUCAACCGUCCUGGGUGAGCUUGGUCUUUGAGGAAUUGAAAAUCACUCUCGAUCCUGCAACCUUUGAGACUUCCCCAGCCAUUUCUGCGGACGGAUCAGGCUCACAUGAGAAGCGCGGGGAUGACGAGCCCGCGAAUAAGGAGUCGAAGGGUCGCAGAGGAAAGAGAAGCCAAUUGUGGAAGAAGUUAACAAAUGUCAAGGAGCGUAUCAAGCGCAUUCACAGCAGAAUCCACCUGCUUCGCCUGUUCGAUAUUGUUGCUACGAAUACAACAGCCGAGGUUGUGGGAGUGGGCUAUGUUCAGAUAUCUUCUUUCACUGCCGCUGUCUAUACGCGCCGAAAACUCCUUGAUAGAGGUCGACUAUUUCGCCAUAAGAAAGACCCAACAGGUGGUCAGAAGCCCGCAGAAUGGGUUUUCACCGUGAAGAGCAUCAUAAUGGGUGUGGGAGGCCGCGAUCCGAUCGAGGUCCUCGAUGGUAUGACUAUCAACAUCCACGGACUGUUGUACAAAGAGCGAGCAGGUUUACGUGAUACAUCAAUUGCAAUAAAGGCCGGCCGCCUUUAUGUACCUGUUGAUGAGAUUACCCAAUUUUCACGCCGAGGCAAGCGAGAGAUGAAGAGUCAACAGCCUCCGCAGAUCUUGAGCCCCAUCGAAGAAAUUACCUUUGAGGACGUUGUUGAGGAGCUUGACAGUCCUGGUAGUCGAGAGGCUUCAAUCGUCCAGGCUGUGGCAGAUUCCAAAGAGUUCUUCAGUUCCAUCCUUCAAAGUGUCCAAGAGAUCCAACUGGCCUUGAGCUUCGUCCGAAUCUCUAAAGAGGUUGAGUCUCUUCGCCAGGCAAACCUCCCUCUUACUGCUAAUGUCGUCAUCCAUGAAAUUGGCAUCGACUUGCAUCGACUUGAUCAAAAAUCCCCGGCUCACCGGACAUACUUCUCAAGAGACGACAUUGCUCAUCAAGCCUUGGUGGCUGCCUUGUCGAUCUCUGUGAGCUUGGACGAGGAUGAUUCACACACAAACAAGAUUAUGUAUAUACCCAUGGCGACUACUACCAUAAGGACGACUUUGCCUGCAAAGACCAUGAGCUUCACACAAGAUCGUGAUGUUGCUGAGCGAAAUACCAACAUUCUAUAUGCAAAUUUCGUCGUCACAUCCCCCUCGGUCGAUCUAGUCCCGCAACAUCUUAUCAGACUAUUGGCUAUAGCACAGCACAGACCUGCUUCGACUAGCCCUUCACCUGCUCGUCAUAGUCUUAUUUCUCGGUUAUUGCCCAAAGCGAGCAUCAAACUCUCCAUUCACGAACCGGUUGUGAGAUUCAUUCUACCAGUUGCUGACCCCGCGCACGCUGCUCCUGGCGAGUAUGACAUGAUCAUAUCUUCGAUUUCGUCAGUCUCUUUGGACGUGGAGUCUUCUCAUUCCGCUGUCGGAGAGCUUUCAUAUUCUCUCGGGUCGAAUUUUCGGAUCAUGUCCCACCAACUUUACUAUCAAGCAUCUACCGGCGUAAAACAUAACCUCGUACUUGCCGAAGCGCUGGAAAUCAGAACUCAGGUUGUUGCAUCUACAGAUGUAUCGGUCGUCAUGUCUGGAAACCUCCGUACUUUCUCAGUUCUCAUGGUACGUGAAGAAGUCAGCCAAGGCAUCUAUAAUAUAGUCAGGCACUUCAAGCGCCACAGCCGAACCGAAAGGGUGGUUACUACAACCAAACCUUCGCCAACCGCCUUCCUGAGGAAGUUGCCAUCGUGGCUUAUCGAGGUCAACUUUGAGGGCUCUGGGUGCAGCAUCGAGACCGCAGCGAUUGAUUCUAGUAUCUCUAGGCAGACAAGAGGGAUUGCACUCGAACUAGAAUCAUGGACAGCUCACUAUCAAUCUUCACGUACAGAGCCUGUGAGGAAGCCGGGUCUUACUAGAAGGAAAACCAGCACUUCUGCCCGAUUCGACGAGACCUUCUCCACCGGCAAACAUACGUCGCACCCUAUGUCUCCUCCACGAAGGCAUCAUAGUGAUCCAACCGAUGGAAGACGGCUUGCAAUUCACGUCAAGGGAUUUGAGGGCUACAUUAUCGAAUCCCUCGACAGCUGGGAAUCACGCCCAUUCCUCUCUGUUCCCAGAUGUGAAGUGGCACUCAGCACGUCCCGUGAUCAUCAAGGUCCAUUGUUCCAUCUACAUUCUGUCAUUCGAUCGAUUUAUCUAGAGUUCUCCUUGUACAGAUUCUAUUCAUUUGGAGUGGGAGCCUCGUUCUUGAAAGACGCAUUCCUGGGACCUGCUCCUGCCGCUAAAGGUGUCACUAAGUCUACAGCAUCUAGCUCCCAUGACGCUCAGCCCGAGACGGUUCAUUACCCUACACCUCCAGGCUCCGAAAUCAUCACUAUUGAUGUCAAAGCAAACUAUGUGCAAAUAAAGGGCCAAAUGCCCUCGGACCCGGCGGUGCUGUUACAGAUAUAUGAUGUUUCUGGUGGGCGCCAUAGGUGGUCUGCACCCUUUUUUAGGUCUCAUUUGAUCCGCUUGCACGCUGAAGCGCCCCAUCUCAAGCGUGUAUGGGCACGUGUGGUCGGCGCAAGUAAUAUCCGUGUUGACCUUCGUCAUAACAAGAAGAAGACUAUCCACGGUACGGUCGAGGAAAAGUCGAUUGAUGUGUCAUUGGACUUCAUCCGUAUUGGAGUUCCUCAUGGACUGCAGAUGUACAAAGUCUUUGACAACUUUAUCAAUACGGGAAAGGCAAUGGCACAGCUUCAGCACCGUUUCCAAACAAGAACUAAUCAAUAUAUUUUGAGAAAGGAUCCAGUGGGCCCCAAGCAAAUACCUCGUGUGUCAUUGCGUUGCAAAGCACUUUGCUUUGAGUUUGAAGACGAUCCCUUUGAGUGGAAACUCGGUGUGAUCUAUAGCAUGGGGCGCAUUGAGCAGAAGCAACGCUUAGCACGAGCAGAUGCAUAUCGCUUGAAAGUCAAACGACUGAACGAAGAAAGAGUCCCUCGAUCAUCCUCACGAUACAGAGCUCAUUCAAGUCGCGGCGCCUCACCAGGUGCUGCUUCAAGUUACCACUCACGACGAUCGCGGAGUUUUGAUAACAAUCCAACUCCUCGCAAAAGAUCUACAUCUCGGGGACGCCGCGGGAGAGAAUCAGGAAAGAUCCGUUAUGAUCGCGAUGGAGUUUGUUCCCUGUCAAAUAAUGCCAAAAUCAAUGCCAAAGAGGCUUGGGAUAAGCUCGAAGCACAUAACGCCAGAAGUUGGAAAAAGAAGGUUGAUUGGAUGACUCAGAUGCAAAACAACACCAUCAGAAACAUUCGGCACAUGUUCGCUGGAGCUGAUGAACCACCAGAUGAAUCUGAAGAGCAUGAAGCAAUCCUAAGCAUUCCCAAUCGGCCUGGACUGAUGACAGUAAUCAUUAGCGACCUGCAUCUCGUCGUUGAUAAGCCUUCAUUUCCACAGGCGGAGCUGCCGAAAUUUCUGCACGAUAUCGGGAAAGGAAUGCCCUACGACACGGAAUACGCACUUUUGGUCCCUCUCAGUCUUGCCCUUGACAUGGGCGAGGCUCGUGUCAUGCUCCGUGACUAUCCUCUAAGCCUGCUCCAUGUACCCGCUAUCAGACCAGGGCAACCACCUAGAUUGCCAAGUUGGUCCUUACGCUCAGAUUUUGUCAUCGCUGAAGAAUUUCGAGAUGAUCAGUCUACAAAACAUGUCAAGGUUACCAUUGUACCAAAAGGUCAACACGACAACGAAGGAGGUUCCAUUCCAGCCUUCGCUAUUGAUGUCAGGAGAACGGUGUCACCCGUGAAGACCUUCUCUCGUCCCGUUGUAGACAUCAAUACAAGUCUACCCACUACUAUAUCCUGGGGUACAUCAUAUCAACCUGUCAUCCAAGACAUGAUGAUGAUUAUCGAGGGCUUUACUAAGCCAGAGAUAGAUCCAUCCGACCGCGUGGGCUUUUGGGACAAAAUUCGACUAAGCUUUCAUUCAAGGCUGACUGUCAACUGGAAGGGCGAUGGCGACGUGCAAUUGCGCCUCAAAGGGUCAAGAGAUCCCUAUGUUGUGACUGGCUAUGGAGCCGGGUUUGUGAUGUGUUGGCGAAGCGAUGUUCAAUUGUCAAUACAUUCUGGGGAUGAUCCUCGAAACUUCAUGACUGUCAGGAGUGGAGAGUACGUGCUAGCCAUUCCUGACUACAGCCAUGAAGCCCGUAAUUCACCUGAACAGAAGGCAAGACAUGACAGCGACAGCAUGUCCAGCAAUAACUCACAGAAGAAUGCUGCGAUAUUCAAGAAGGUCAUCAUGAAGGUCUCUGGCAACGUCCAGUGGACCGCUGGGCUUGUUUUUGAGAGAGACUUGGACGAUGGCGGGCGAUCUUCAGAAUUCGAGCCUCAUUAUGGAGUCGUUCUCAAGAAUCCGAAUCAGAUGCACGAUGUGGAUCUGAAGGACUAUGAUGCUUUCAGGGGCUUUCGCAGCAAUCACAUUCAUCUCUCAGUUGCAGUCGCUGCUCCUUACGACCGAGAUUGGUUGAAAGGCGACUCCACUCCUUCUGAGAGUUACAACAGUGUCCAUCUAAGUCCAAGAUUUUUUACUCACUUCUUCAAUUGGUGGUCUUUGUUUUCGGGAGUAAUGUCUCUUCCCAUCCGACAAGGACCUCUGUGGAGAGGGCCUGAGAAGUCAAGCAAAAAGUUUGGCAGACAUCUAGCGACCAUAAAGUACGGCCUUUUGUUGUCGCCACUUUACAUCGCCCAUGUCUAUAAGCACAAAGAUGCCGAGGACUAUCAAGAGGAUGUUGUGUCAGCAACCGGGAUCAAAUUCAAAAUUGACAGCUUCAUAAUGGAUAUCCACCAACGAAGAGAGUAUUUUAAUACUCUCUCCAAGGGCAAAUCCGAGCAGAUGAGGACUAGCGCUAUGAAGAUCAAUAAGGCUGAACUUGAUUUCAUACGGGCUGACAUGAGAGCAGUGGCUGCAAGUAUAGGGGGCACAACCGCGGAGGAUCUUCAGAAGGCUACGGACGAAAUGCUGUCAACGUUUCAAGACGCACCAGUCAAUGUGGACCUAUCCCAGUUUACAAUUCCUGACCACGAUUUCACUUGGAUCGAUAUGGACGAUUUUGUUGAGCUAGAUUGGGUUCUUCCGGCGGAGUCAAAUCCAGAAACCAAAAUCCUCCCUCUCGCAUUUACUCCUCGAUUUACGUACUUUCGACAAACUGAUCAAGGAAAUUCUAUACAUGGCGAUGAAUCACGUGUUAGUCCAUUUGGAGAGGAGAACACACACUUCUGCGUCAUGUCUCAACACAAUGAUCCACGGAAAGUACAGAUGAAUUUGAUCGAAGAUCGACUACAUGACUUGGAGGAAAAACUGCAGACACACAAUCGCCUGAUGAGUGAUCAUGAACUUCUAGUCAUCCGAGACGGUGAUCAUGACAAAACUAUCAAAGAUAAACACGCAACUCUUCUUGCGCAACAAAAAGAAUUGGAGAGUAAACAAAAAUUCCUUCAACAUGGACUUCGCCGGUUAGCUGCACACGUGGCUCCUGGAGACAAUAUUGAACCGGCAUCUGGGCUGAGACACGGCAGUACUGCAACAACAUUGACUGAAAAUGAUAACCAGUCUACCGCUAAUCAGCAUGUUGACAUGGAUGGCCUCUACUCGGCUUCUCAUGAUGAAUUCGCCAGUGACUUUAACAACCGGUUCAUCAUUCAUAACGCACAGCUCAAAUGGAACAACGACCUUCGGAAUAUCAUUUUACGCUACAGUCAUCAAGUCAGUCAACGACGUGGUUUUGUCUACUAUAUGUCACGCCGAGCCGUCAAAUUCAUCCUUGAUAUAGUCGAUGAACAAGCGAAAUCCAAGGAGCGACGACGCAAACGAGAGAGAAAGCAAGACCUUCAAGUCCCCCCAACUCCCAGCGUCAUCUCUCCAACAGACGAGAAGGACGAAGAUUCAGUAAUUGAAGAUAGAAUCAAACAGCUGCUGAACGAUGCAAAACGAUUUGUCCAUGCUGCAGAUGAGGAUGAUGAUCAAUCUACGAAACAAGAGAGUGAGCCAUCACCUGACCGAAGACACUCCUUCAGCAGUGAUAUAGGUGAUGGCAUAUCCGAAAAUUUCAAGGCAAUGAAUGGCUACCAUGUUCGACUGGUCGCUCCACAAAUACAACUCCAGAGUGAAAAGAACACUAAAUCUGUUGUCUUGGUAUCAGCCAAAGGCAUGCAAUUGAAAGUGGUUGCAAUAAUGGACAAGGCUCGAAUGGCAGAUGAGGUCAGUGGUUUGGUGCAGCGCCGAUUUGCUCUUGACAUGGAUGGAGCACAAUUCUUCGUUGCGAGUACGAAAACGCUUGCAAGAUACCUUCAUCUUUAUUCGGGCAAUCGAUACGGCAAUACUCCCGGAUCUUCAUGGCCUCCAUGGGUCUCUCUAGAAGCGAUGUUUGAUUUUCAUUUGGACCCCUUUGGCUUUCAAAGAGUCAUACAGAAAACAUCGGCAAGUCUCCGAUACGAAAAGUACAACCCACUUCGCCUGAAGUACAACGAAGAGGUGGAGAGUAAUGAGACUGGUGAGAUCAAACACCCGUCACGGAAAGAAAACCGUAUCGAUCACUUGUGGGUCGAUUUCCCUCGGGUUCGUGCUCGUUGCGAUUCUACACAAUAUUACUCCAUGUAUAUCAUUGUCUUGGAUCUACUUCUCUACAGUGAGCCUUUGGAAAAGACUCGCAGUGAAAGGUUGGAGAAGAUCAUGCUUGCUUCCGACUUUAGCGAUUUGAGAGGGGCUCCUGAAAUGGCUGAAAGCUUACAAGAGAGAAUCCGACAGCUUGAAGACAUCAAACUUCAUUUCCAGAUCAAUGCCAAAUAUUUGGAUAAGGAAGGGUGGCAAGACCGGAUCAACCUCGAGAAGGACCUCGCCAAUUGCGAGGACGAAUUGUUUUUCAUCAUGAAAGCCAUCAAUACUUCUCAGCAGAAGAUCGACGAUCGCAAAACAUCUCAAUCUAGCGGACUUCUACGAUGGUAUUUAAGUGCUUCAGAGGUAGUUUGGCAUCUCAUGCGUGGCAAAGAUGACCCAUUACUCGAAUUUCAACUUGGCAAUGCAGCCUACGAACGGAUCGACAACAGUGACGGCUCAAAUCACAACGCAGUCGAGAUUGAACACAUUCGAGGAUGGAAUUUACUACCCAAUGCCAUCUACCCUGAAAUCAUCAGUCCAUACUUCGACCCCUCGAACCGACGACCAAGCGUGGCAGAAGUGCAAAAGAUGGUUUUGGUACACUGGUAUAUGCUUGAAGCUAUCGCGGGUAUACCAGUCCUGGAGCAAUUUCACGUCACAGUCUUCCCGUUAAAAGUGCAACUUGAGCGAGAGCUAGGAAAGAAGCUAUUUGAGUAUAUCUUCCCUGGUGUUGGGUCCAACGCGUUUGACAAUGGCAAUUUUUCACCCCUCAUGGUGAAAAAUAUGCAACCCAUCGAAGAUGAUGCUGAAGAUCCAGAGUUGGAAGAAGCUCGUGUAGCUUUAAUGACUGGAAAUGAAAGUCGAGUUUCCACGAGCAUAGAUGGAAAGCGUGACACAUCUCCAGGAGUAAUGGCCAGGAGACUAAAGCCGACAUACACACUCCAUCACAAUACUUCUGGCCGCAACGGGACAGCAUCACAGAAUAAGAAAGGCUUGGGUAUUUCUCCUGAGCAUCACAGAUUUUUCAAGCACUUCAAUUCUUCCAAUGCAAGGUCCGCAGCCUUGGGACCCCUCAACCAUCCAGCUCCUUUGCGUAAAUCAUCAGCUAGUAGCUUGCGCUCAACAAGGAAAAAUGAUGCAUCGUCUACGAGUCUCGUGGGAUUGGGCAACAGCGAAGAAAAGAAGAAAAAUCCCCUACACCGUGGUGCCAGCAAGGAUCGAGGCUUAGGAAGCAAGAACAAGAAAGACAAGGCUGCCGAUGAUCUCUCACAGAUGAUGUCUCGAGCUUCAAACUACAUGACACUGGCACAUGUGAAAUUGAACAGUUUCGUUAUCUGUCUAAGCUACAAGGGCAAGAGUGAUCGCAAUUUCGAAGAUUUGCACGAUUUCGUCUUUCGCAUGCCGACGCUCGAAUAUCGUAACAAAACUUGGUCCAAUCUGGAUCUUGCGUUGAAGCUCAAAAAGGACGUCAUCAGAGCUCUCAUCUCUCAUACAGGCGCCAUCAUUGGGAACAAAUUCUCCCAUCACCGUCCCAGCAAGAAACAAGUCGAGCGACUGAAAGAAAUCGCACAUAACUCCACACUUGGCAACUCCGACUUCAACCUCACACAACCCUCCACAUCCGAGACGACGAGCUUAUACUCGUUCUCCCAAGACAGCAAAGACGACGACGACUUCGAAUCGAGUGGAAUCACCUUCCAAUCCCCCGUCGGCACGAACGGGCACAAGAUCGGGACAUUCGGCGGACCCCUCCUGCGUAGUGGCAGCUGGGCUAGCAACAUCAACAACUACCCGACAAGCCCGAACCCAUCCACUCUCCCACUCCCCAGACCGAACACAUCCAGCCUGGCAAUGCCAAUUCCCCGCUCAAGCCCCGCUGCACCACCCACCUCGACGACAUCAGGCGCAUCGAGCACACCAUUAUCCAUCAAUACAUCAUCCACUCCACCCCUUGACCCAGCCCGCCGCCCCUCCACAGCAACCGGCUCGCGCAGUCUGCUGAAAGACACAAUCGGCCGCCACUUCUCCGGCGACACGGUCAAGGGCCGCGUGUCGUUCGGCCCGCUCAGUCUCGGGAAGAGCGAGAGCCAUCGUGAGAGCAGCGCCAAGGACAAAGAUAAAGAACGGGAGAAUGGAAACACCGCCGGUGCUCAUGACGACGGCAUCGAGAGCGAUCCCGAGGGCCACAAGAAGAAAAGCGUCCUUUUGCUGGGCAAGAAAUAUCUGAAUCGUUUGAGUUGA